CGCUGCUCAUCUUCAUCCCGGACUGUGGGGUGGGGGAGGACAGAUCCGACUGGCCUUCAUUGACGUUCACCGAGGUGAAAAAGCGACUGCUGUUAGGAUUGUGAAUGGAUCAGCUUAAGCGUUGCGCGAAUCUCUUCUCUGGCCCUGAGGCUGUGCGGGAUGUUCUGCUAGAAUUUGCAUACUCGGACCUACUCUACAUGAUCUUAUCAUGUCUUGGCUCCAACGACCUUCUGUCCUGUCGCGAAGUUUGUUCAUCUUGGGUUGCUGUUGUUGACCGAGUUUUUGCUCGACGAUCAAGAGGCAUCGUGUACCAGUUCGCCAUUCAUGGAUCCAAUCCGGAAUAUUUUGAGAAAACCUUGCGAGUACAGGCAAAAGAACCGCAUCGCUGUGCAUCGCAACUUCAGAAAGGUCUGGAGCGUUAUGCAAAUAUCGCACGGGAAACUUUCGAGUGUGAUGAUCUCGUGACGUCAAAAGAUUUCUCCCACAAAUUUAUCGACUCUCUGCGAAAUCGACCCCGCGUAAUAUUUUUCUAUGGUUCGAAGAAACAAAUUUCCAGGAAAGUUAGUGCAGAACUCUUGGAGAACAACUUUCUUGGAUGCGAUGUGAUAACUGUUUCGUCCACACCGAGCGUAACGGGUACCUUACAACCCGAAGCGUGGAAGGUAGAGAGCGAAGGCCGCAAAUCUGUGGCACUGUGCGCUUUACCAGUUUUCAGUUCCGCAACUGAAGUUUUGGUGAUGACUCGAUGUAAAAAUGAGGCCCUCAGUCGUUUUUCCGAGAGAGUGAUAUCCGAACUCCAGAAUCAAGGGAAAGCUGUGAAAGGAUUGCUGAUGUACUGCUCGAGUCAGCGCAUUCCUGGUCUUCUCAGAGCCUUGCAGAAUCAUUUCGAUGAUGCGGAGUAUUUCCCGCCGUUCCACGGAGGAUUCGCACCCAGCUUGCUUGUGAAUGGUGCAGAAACUAAGGAAUGCGCUGUUUUUUUCCGCGGAGAAGACAUACGGAUCCACUCGUUUGUUCUAGAUGGCGAGACAAUUGGUCAUGAUAGAAUGACGGUCGCCCUGACUCAGAGAUCUGAGGAGAUUCGUAAAUCUAUGUCGGUUGGAGAAAAGUUCCUUUUCGGUCUAGUGUGCUGCUGUGUUAGUCGUGGACCUCCUUUCCAUGGCGCUCACAAUGUCGAAUCCGAUGCGUUUGAACGUGUUUUCCCUGGUGUUCCGCUGUUCGGAUUCUGUGGCUUCGGAGAAUUUGGAACAAACUCCUGUGCGGAGAAAACGGGUGCUCGUUUCGAAAUUUUUCAUUCGUUUUCUUCGUCGUUCAUGCUAUUCAGCUCUUCGAAAAUAUUUGACCAUGUUCGUCCUGGCAAUGCGAGAAAUUCCCAGCAACAUUCCGCGGGGGUUUCUGACCGCGUUCGUGCACCAUCCUCUGCCAAUGUGACGCCGACGUUGCAUUUUUCGGUGCUGGAUCCUGGAGGAAGUACUAUUCGAACUUCUUUGAGCUGGGCGGAUGCUCCCGAAUUCGUUCCCAUGAGCGAAAGGCCGAAUGCCGUGACUGAUGGGAGAUCGUACGCACAAGCAGCUGGAUCUACGAAAGUAUCCGGUUAUUCAGACGUUGGCCACAUGGCCGGUGCCUGUGCGGAAGAAGAAUUGUGUCCAUUUGCGAUUGCGGGCGAAUGUCGGUACGGCGAAGCUUGUGUUUAUGUGCACGGUUUGAUUUGCGACUUGUGCGAAACCCCUUGCCUUCAUCCAAAUGACGAAGAUCAGAGGAAACGUCAUAGAACAGAAUGUUUGAAACGUCACGAGGAAGAUAUGAAGCACUCGUUCGACAUAGCGAAGUCAAUCGACAAAUCUUGCGGAAUUUGUUACGACGUCAUCCUGGAAAAGCCUGGGAAGAAAGCUGACCAGCGAUUCGGAAUUCUUUCUUCGUGCAAUCACGUCUUCUGUAUUAGCUGUAUCCGAAAGUGGCGUCAGCAGACUGAGAACGUAGUCGUGCCGACCAAGACUGCGAGAGCGUGUCCAGCGUGCCGUGUCAUGUCAGACUUCGUGAUCCCAUCGAAAAUUUGGGUGGAAGAGAAGGAGGAUAAAGAAGCGCUUAUUCGAACGUACAAAGAGGAGAUGAGAAAGAAGAAUUGCAAGCAUUUCAAUUUUGGCGAAGGAGGUUGUCCUUUUGGCAACAAGUGCUUCUACCGUCAUGAGACCCGUUCUGGAGCGAAGGUUGAUGUUGGACCUCCUAGGAGACGCACCCGCGUUGGAGCCGAUGAUGAAGCCGAAGUUUCGAAUGUUCUGAUGUGGGACUUCAUUACCAACCAUGAAUUCGGAUCAUCGUUCGUCCUUGAAGCGGAAGUAUUUGAUACGACCGACUCCGAUACCGAUUCAUUUUCGGAGCCGAUCGACUCGUACGAGGAUGUUUGGUCGGAUGAUGAUUGGUUUGGGUUGUGUUCCUUAGUGGCUUGUCCGCGAACAAUGAGCUUUUCGGCGGAUGCUUGGGAUGGUGAUACUGACAGCGUUUGUGAUGAAAACGAGCUUGAUCAUCCUCCGCGUGGCGGACCUUUUUCUGCCAUCAUUCCUUCAAUGUGGCCGCCUAAUUUGAAGUCCUAUUUGAUGCCGGUGGAAUCAGAAAGCGGAGAAGUGCAUUACGAUGAAUUUGGAUUCAAAAUAGAGGAAGAAGAUGGACCGGAGCAAAGUUCCAGCCCUUUAUUGUCAACUCCGUUCAUUGAAGAUCCGCAGGAGAGGUUGCAGUGGCUGGCAUAUUUGGAGUUUGCCCAUGGCAAAGAAUGCCUGACGGGUGUUGGAGGACUGUCUUGGGAUGGCGUCGAUUCGAGACUGACUCAGACAGAUCGUUUGAAAUCCAUGAUCCAAGCUGGGAUCCCGCAUUCACUGAGAGCGCAGGUUUGGCUCCGGAUCUCGGGGGCUCUGGUAAAGAAGCUGUCGUCGGAUUCUUCCUACUCGGAAAUUGUGAAGGCGAGCACGAGUGAUCAGCUCACUGCUGCCAAGCAAAUUGAAAAGGACCUGCUGCGAACCUUGCCAACGAACGUGUGCUUUGCCAGUUUGAACUCUCCUGGUAUUCCGAAGUUGAGGCGGAUUCUCCGGGCGAUUGCUUGGCUUUAUCCGCAGAUCGGAUAUUGUCAAGGGAUGGGUGUGAUCGUUGGGUCCAUCCUGCUUUUCAUGGAGGAAGAAGACGCGUUUUGGAUGAUCAGUGCCAUCAUAGAAGACCUGCUACCUGCUUCCUAUUAUUCUCAAACUUUGCUCGGAGUUCAGGCUGACCAACGAGUGCUGCGGGAAAUGGUUCAGGGGAUGCUACCAGAGUUGGACAAGGUGUUGACGGACCAUGAUAUUGAACUCAGUCUGAUCACUCUCCAUUGGUUUCUCACUUUGUUUGCGUCUGUCGUGCAUAUGCGCGUGUUACUGAGAAUCUGGGACGUUUUAUUCUACGACGGAUCCAUUGUUAUGUUUCAAGCUGCCCUUGCGAUGCUUAAACUGGAAGCUCACAAAAUGUCGGAAACGGAUAAUGCGGCAGAUAUUUUCAACUUGUUAUCCGACAUUCCCGGAAAUAUGAAAGAAGUUCCCUUGUUGAUGACGGCAUUUUACGAGAUGGGUUCGCAAUUGAGUGAAGUUGUGAUUUCAACUCAACGGCGACUACAACUUGCCUACCUUUUGGCAUCUGAAGGUUCUUUGGAGGCGAUAACCCCAAGAAGUUAUUUGUUCGGGAAAGAGGAAUGUGAGGAAGGAAUUGAUGCGAAAAAGCUAUCUGCAUUGAGCUCGCAUGAACAAGUCUACCGUCGCCAGAUAAAACGAUCCAAGUCCUUGCUUGAGUCCGUAGGGUUCGGGAUUCCUGAUGAGAGUGAUGCUUUGAAGAUGAAAAACGUUCAUCAGACGGGUAUUGCCAUCUUCUAUUCUUCGCCGAGUAUCAUAUCAUUCUUGCGAUUCAAUUUACUUUUUUCAGAGGUGCUGGUUGAUUUGAGGGAAGCCAUUUUGUCAGUGGGUCGACAUUUCCAAGAGCGUGAUCCGAGAUACGAAGAAAUAUCGAUGUCUGCUGAUUAUGCCAUGAGCUCGCAUGCUCUGGAUCAUGAAGUUUUUGCCCGCGUUUCGACGAAUAAGAAUCGCCGAGCAAAAGCUUUGCUUGAUUUUGAGCGCCAUGAUGACGAUGAGCUUGGCUUUCGUCGCAACGACAUCAUCACAGUGAUCUCUAUGAAAGACGAGCAUUGUUGGAUCGGGGAACUGAACGGUCUGCGAGGUUGGUUUCCUGCCAAGUUUGUGGAGGUUCUGGACGAAAGAAGCAAACAGUAUUCGAGCGCUGGAGAUGACACAGUUACCCCGUUAAUAGCGGAUGUUGUUCGUGGUAAUCUGUGUCCGGCAAUUAAAGCCAUUUUGGAACACGGACUCAAGCGCCCCGUUUUAUUAGGCACUGUUUGUCAUCCCUGGCAAUUCAUAGAAGAAGUUGCAAAUGCAGAGGUCGAGAAAGACUUCGGAUCAGUGUAUUCCCGGCUCGUACUUUGUCGAACUUUCCGGUUGGAUGAAGAUGGCAAAGUUUUGACUCCUGAGGAGUUAUUGUAUCGAUGCGUAGCAGCUGCGAACCGAUCUCAUGAUGAGUACCACGCACAAAUGGAUGUCAAACUACGUUCCUUAGUUUGUAUGGGACUGAAUGAGCAAGUGCUACACUUGUGGCUCGAGGUACUCGCGUCUUGCAGUGCUGUUGUCAAAAAAUGGUACAAUCCGUGGAGUUUUAUGGCUUCACCGGGAUGGGUGCAAAUCAAGUGUGAGCUUCGAAUUUUGUCACAAUUCCCGUUCAAUUUGAAUCCCGAUUUUGAGCUUCCCGUGGAUACUCAACCGGGACAGCCAAUGAAGGACGGUCUCAAAGAUAUGCUUGUUAAACAUCACCUGUUCUCCUGGGACCUAUGAAUUCCACAUGAGCGCCCAGCAAACUGGUAUUUUUUAUUUGAAGCUGAAUCGUGUGAAAAAAAAAGCUGAGCAUGUGUUCUUUAGCUUCAAACAAAUGCGAUCUUCUCUGAUGAAACCCAUCUAGUCCCGACGGAAUAUUCGUGCUAGUCAAGAUUGUUGUACCAUCGGAGGUUUGAGGAUUAUUUUCGCUUAUGGGACUCGGAAGUCCUAUGUUAUCUGUGUUUGAUGCUGUGGUGGAAAUGCUGGUACAGUGGUGCCUUGAAAUCAUCCGUUUUUAUAACGAAUGCUUCGUCGUUUGAGACACGAUUACCUUUUCUAACGCAUUGGACAAGAAGAAAAUUAUUCCUUCCUAUCAAAUUCUACGCGUAUUGCGCUAAAACGACGCAAUGUCAAAUGAGAAAGAUGAUGAUUUUCAUAAGGGUUACGGAUCAUUCUGUCCCUCGUAUCAGAAAUUGAGUCAAUGAAGGAACCAAAUCUUAGAAUGCCCCAUUCUUUUUGAGUUGGUUUUCUUUCUCAGUUGCGUUCGUUGUGUGAGGCACCACUGUAUCCGUGUGGACUUGCACUUGCUUUCUUGAAAAUGUAUACGGAGGCUCGUUGUAUCCUUUCACAUCUACUAUCAGACGAUCACGAGGCAUUCCGUUGCUGAUACAUUCCUCUCAGGAAAAACCUUUUUUCCGUGUGUAUCAUUGCCAAAAGAAAUGCGUGGAUGGAAAAAUACCAGAUUUUUCUCAAAAGAA